AACGACACAACAAGUCUACUCAGCACUUACCUUAAAAUGAACCAAUCCUUAUCGUUUCCCAUUCGCCCCCUCCCCUCCCUCUUAAACCAGCGUCGGCCCACCGCAUCCCAAACCAUAUUAUAACAAAAAUCCUUCAAAAAACCGUCCAGAUCCAUCAUCUCUCUUCACUCUUCUUCUUCUAAUGGCUUCUUCUUCUUCUUCUUCUUCUUCUCUGUUGUACCUCUUCGUCUUCUCCUUCCUCUCCGCUCUAAUCAUUUCCAAAUCUCAGAUCUCUGACUCCCUCAACGGACUCGUUUUCCCUGUUUUUAAAGACCUACCAACCCGUCAAUACGUCGCACAGAUUCGCCUCGGUGACUCUCCCGAGCCGCUCAAGCUCGUCGUCGAUCUCGCCGGUUCGAUUCUCUGGUUUGAUUGUUCCUCUGGUCCCUCGUCGUCACGGAGUCUUAUCUCCGGUAGCUCUAGCGGCUGUCUUAAGGCUAAAGCUGGGAAUGGAAAAGUGUCAUCAUCAUCGCGUGGAGACGCCAAGGAUUGCGAAUUGCUUGUUAGAAACGGCGCCGUUGGAAUUACGGCGAGAGGAGAGCUUUUCAGUGACGUCAUGUCAUUUGGAUCUGUUGCUUCUCCUGGAACCGUUGAUCUGCUUUUCGCCUGUGCCCCACCGUGGCUGUUAAGUGGGCUCGCUAGUGGAGCCCGUGGAGUAAUGGGCUUAGGAAGGGCCCAGAUCUCUCUCCCUUCGCAACUCGCCGCCGUAACUAACGAACGUCGUCGUUUGGCUGUUUACCUGUCGCCGUUAGACGGCGUCGUGUCGACGAGUUCGGUUGAGGAGGUUUUCGGAGUUGCUGCGUCCAGAUCAUUGGUUUACACGCCUCUGUUAACCGGCUCGAGUGGCGAUUACGUAAUUAACGUGAAAUCGAUCAGAGUCAACGGGGAAAAGCUCUCCGUGGAUGGUCCGUUAGCGGCGGAGCUGAGUACGGUGGUUCCAUACACGAUGCUGGACAGCUCUAUCUACGCAGUAUUCGUUGAAGCUUACGCUAAAGCUGCGACUACUAUAGCUACACCACCGGUGGCUCCCGUCGCACCGUUCGGGCUCUGCUUCAAGAGUGAGGUAGAUUUACCGGCUGUAGAUAUGGCGUUGCAGAGCGAGAUGGUGAGGUGGAGGAUCCAGGGGAAGAAUCUAAUGGUGGAUGUUGGUGGUGGAGUCCGAUGCUUGGGGAUUUUAGACGGCGGCUCAAGUCGGGUCAACCCGAUUGUAAUGGGCGGGUUACAAUUAGAAGGCUUGAUAUUGGAUUUCGAUUUGGGCAACUCAAUGAUGGGUUUUGGACAAAGAACACACUCUGAUACAGCUUCCUUGUAAUAUCAACCUCUGUAACACAUCUAAUUAACUGGUAGAUAUUAUCUUCAAUUUUGAUCUCUUUUGUUUGUACUUUGUAUCUGUUUUUUCACGCAUUUGUUGUACUAAUAGAUUCAAAGCAUAGUUUCUAGCUU